GACUUUCUCUAACAUUUUCCUACUGACGCCUAAGCUUGAUUAUUACAGAUUGCUUUCAGCCUUCUCGUUUAUCCUUCACUUAUUUUGUGUUACCUGGGUCAAACUGCUUAUAUAUCUAAAAAUUGGAAGAGAGAAGGAAUAGAUGAUGUUACUCAUCUAAGGACUAGUGUACCUGGAAAUCUUCGUCAUGUCUAUCCAUUGCUCUCUCUUCUAUCUUCUGCAGUGGGAAGCCAAGCAGCUAUUACAGCUACAUUCUCUAUUAUAAAACAAUGUCUUGCACUUGAUUGUUUGCCUAGAAUGAAAGUUGUGCACACUUCCAGUGAGAUUCAUGGGCAGGUUUACAUUCCAGAUAUCAACUGGAUCUUGAUGAUUCUUUCCCUUGCUUUGGCUUUUGCUUUCGGGAGUAUUUCCCAUAUUGGAUAUGCCAUAGGCCUUGCUAUAAUAAUUGGCAUGCUGAUCACAACCUGCUUCAUGUCGUUGAUCGUUGCAUUGUACUGGAAUAAGGUAUUACUGGCUGCAUGCUUUCUUCUCUUCUUUGGAUCCAUUGAGGCUAUCUAUUUCUUGGGCUGCAUUCUGAACAUGAAGAGGGGUGCCUGGAUCGUCAUUGUUUUUGUAGAAGUAUUGUUGAUAAUUAUUCUGUCCUGGCACUACGGAGUCAUGAAGAAGUACCAGCUUGAUAUGGAAAAUAAAGUCUCAAUUGAUUGGCUCAUUGGCCUCGGUCCAAACCUAGGAGUUUCCAGAGUUCCAGGAAUCGGCUUCAUCUGUACUGACAUCACAAAGGGAAUUCCAGCUUUCUUCUCUCAUUUUGUGACAAAUCUUCCAGCCUUUCACCAAGUUAUUGUCUUUGUUUCUUUCAAAUCCAUGCCAAUACCUCAGGUUACUCCAAGCAUGCAGUUGCUUAUUGGAAGAAUGGGACCAAAAGAGUAUAGAGUUUAUCGAUGCAUUGUGAGGUACGGUUAUCGUGACGGAAUUAGGGACAUAAAUGAAUUUGAGGAUCAAAUUGUUCAUGGUAUUGGAGAAUUCAUUUCACAGGAUGAUGGGAACUCUGAAGCCUCGUGUUGGUCUCCAGAGGGCCGAGUGGUUGUCUCUGGAAACCUUCAUGGUGGUAACGCUUUAAUUACCGUGCCUGCAAAUGAUUCUUUUACCACUUGUGAGAGACCGGUAGAUGUCGAAGUUCAGAAACUUCAGAAUGAUGAACAACCUUCAAAGAUAAGAAAAAGGGUUCGGUUCUUGUUGCCUCCAGAGAGCCCAGAGAUGAGCUUGGCUGUUAGGGAAGAGCUUCAAGAGUUACUGGAUGCAAGGGAGCAUGGAACAACGUAUAUUUUGGGAAAAUCACAGUUUUUUGCUCAGAGAGGAUCGAAUUUCUUGAGGAGGAUAAUCAUUGGGGUGUAUAUUUUUCUUGUCAAAAACUGCAGAGAGCCGUCAAUGUUGCUGAACAUUCCUCAUGCUGCUCAUGUUGAGGUCGGCAUUUCUUACACGAUAUAAGUUGAUUAAGCGUGAGAACCGUCAACGGAUCUUGAUAUUUCUAGUGCUGCUUAAGGUUUGUAUUUCCUCCACUGUACAAGUUGAUAGGAUGGCUGUAAGUGUUGAUAGGAUGGCGUGUAAGUGUCUAUGUAAUGCUAGAUAGUACAUGCUUUUGUAUCCUUAGAA